CCGCUGGCCCCCGCUGGCUACACAACGAUCGACACCAAGCAAACAAGCAAGCAACACACCGAGCGAGUAGCAGCCAUGCCACAGGAGGAAGGCGGGGAUGCUGCAACGACGCCGACGCCACAGCCGCGGUCACAGCGUGCGUCCAAAUCGUGGGCGAGCCAGGCCCGUGCUGCACGGCUGAGGAGAACGGCGCACCUGAAGCACGGCAGGCAGCAGAAGGGCUCGGCCAAGUGGAUGCUGCCGGGCCAAGUGAGCUCUGACGAUCCCAACGCAGAGACCGAGAAGGCGAAGGAGGUGAAGAAGGCGGCUGCUGCGUCGCGCAGCGCCGGUGGCAGGGACGAGGACGACGUUCCAAUUGACGACCUGCGGCCGCAAAAGGCAACCCCGUCCCUUCUUUGGCAGUCGCUCUUGGGCACCUUCAAGUACAUGUUCUAUGGCGCGUUUCUGCUCUUCUCCGUCGUCUUCCUCCUGACCAACGUCCCACUGCAGCUCGAUGAGACCCUUCGCGGCAUGCUUAUGCCAGAGACGCUUCCUCCGCCCGGCAGUUCACACCCUGGACCUUGGUGUCCAGCUGCCGCAACUAAGGAGUUCAGCCCACGCCGAAACAUGUUCAGCCGCACCGCCAAGGCAGAGUUCUCGUACAAGGUGCACGGUAGCGAUUCGAAACACGUGAGCCUCUUCAUUGCCGACGCCUAUUGUUCCGAGGCAUCCCUGUAUCCGCUGGUUCGCGAAGCAGCAAAGGCCAGCACGGCGUACGCCUUCAACGCGUCCCUCAUUGCCAGCAUCAUCCCCGUCUCUCAUGCUGCAUUCAAGCGCAGGCUCUUCGGCUUUAUCCACCACGUGCUCGACAAGGAGCACAACAACGGGAGCCACAACCACCGCUCGUAUCAGCUGGCAAUCGUUGCACACGGCUUCACCACCGGCCAUAUCCUCAAGCUCAUGCACGAGGACUUGGAGUUCCGCUCGCUCCUGCGCGCAGGCCACGUCGUCCUCCUCUCGCCACUGCUGUACCCGUUUGGCCCCGUGGGCACGGGUAUCAUGCACCAGCUGCAGGCAUCGCUCGUCUCGCUUCGCUCCGCCGCCGCUGUCAACGCGUCUGCCGUUGCCAUCCAGCCGGACCUCGUCUCCAUCUCCCCGCGCCUCGCAGGCGUCGCCAAAGCCGUGGACGGGUUCCUGAUGAAGCGUGAUGUUGCGCUGUGGCUGUAUGGCUCGGAGAAGAACGACUACACCAAGCUGAAGCGAACAGACUUUGAAAUGUUCUACCCCCUCGAUGUGCUGUCACCAGAUGAGCACCUCGCUUCCCUCAAGCACGGGAUUCCUUGCUCCGCCCUCAUUCCACAGGAGGAGACGUACACCACCAACCUCCAACACCACCUGCGCGCGACGACGACUGCGCUUGUUCCGACCGCUGUUGCCGGCUCCCACUGGUCCCUCGCUCACAAUGAUGAUGCCAUCAAGCACAUUCGCGCCGUUCUCCGCAACCUCUAACUGCAAGAACAGCUUGCAUGCCAUGUCGUCUACCUGUCUGUCUGUCUGUGUCUGUCUGUGUGAAUCACCAACCAUCGCCCUCGCUCGUCUUUCGUUCAUCUUUCCCUCGCCUUUCGUUCAUCUUUCCCUCCCUCCCCUUCCUUGCCCUUCGUCAAUCCGCUGCGUUCUUCGGACCCGCGUGCCGUGUCCCUUCUGGUCUGUUACAUCUCGCCCCUGAGUACCGUUCGUCACCGCUCCUCUUGUUCUCAUUCCCGUUUCCCGUUAUGACAUUGGCCAUCGCCGUAACACAUCAGGUCGACCACACACGAACACGAACACACGAACGGACAUGCCUGGCCAAGAGGA